CUUUCCAGAGGCGUCGACUUCCGGUUUGCGGAGGCUGGAAUUUCAGGUUUCUCUCUUGUGUGGAUUUCAGGGUAGCGGAGAAGCGCGGCACCCUGAUAAGCAUGACUGUCAGCGCGGGCAAUAAGAAUGAAGAUUGCCAUGCGGCGAAUGGGGUGAAACCAGGAAAAAAUGGCAUGGUGAGGAAUCAUCAUAUCCAUCAUCAAUAUCAACAGCAGGAGAAGAAGGCGUACCACUCGAGCAAUGGAGAGCUGUACAGGAGGCCUUUCGUCGAAUCCUUCGAGGAAACUCCCAUGCUGGUUGCUGUGCUCACGUACAUGGGCUACGGCAUCCUUACGAUCUUUGGAUAUCUGCGGGAUUUCAUGAGGGAGUGGAAAAUAGAAAAUUGCCACAAUGCCAGAGAAAGGGAGGAGCAGAAGGACUUUGUGCCGCUUUAUCAAGAUUUUGAGAAUUUCUACACAAGGAAUAUAUACAUGAGGAUUCGGGAUAGCUGGAACAAGCCCCUUUGCAGUGUUCCCGGUGCCAAGUUUGACUUUGUGGAACAAAAUUCCAAAGAUUACAACUGGACCUUUGAAUACACUGGCCGGGUGGUGAAGGGUGUUAUAAAUCUGGGCUCGUACAACUACCUGGGCUUUGGUGAGAACACUGGUUCUUGUGCCGAUGCUGCUGGAGAGGCGACGAUGAAAUACGGGGUGGGCGUGGCCAGCACCAGACAUGAAAUGGGUAACCUCGACAGGCAUGAAGAGUUGGAGAAACAGGUGGCCUCUUUCCUGUGCGUGGAGUCAGCCAUGGUGUUCGGGAUGGGGUUUGCUACAAACUCCAUGAACAUUCCUGCAUUAGCUGGCAAGGGAUGUUUGAUUCUAAGUGAUGAGCUGAACCAUGCAUCUUUGGUGCUGGGAGCACGGCUGUCUGGCUCCACCAUCCGGGUCUUUAAGCACAAUAAUAUGCAGAGUUUGGAAAAGUUGCUUAGAGAUGCUAUAGUUCAUGGCCAACCCAGGACACAUCGACCCUGGAAGAAAAUCCUCAUUCUGGUGGAAGGCAUCUUCAGUAUGGAGGGCUCCAUCGUACGGCUGCCAGAAAUUAUAGCCCUGAAAAAGAAAUACAAGGCCUACGUGUACCUGGACGAGGCUCAUAGUAUCGGGGCAUUAGGACCCACUGGCAGAGGGGUGGUGGAGUAUUUUGGACUGGACGCUAAAGAUGUAGACAUCAUGAUGGGCACAUUCACGAAGAGCUUUGGUGCCGCAGGUGGUUACAUAGGAGGUCGAAAGGAUUUUAUAGAGUUCCUGCGGACUCACUCGCACAGCACAAUUUACGCCACCUCCAUGUCGCCUCCUGUCAUGGAGCAAGUCAGCGCUUCUAUGAAGUGCAUUAUGGGAGAGGAUGGAACGUCAAUAGGUCGUUUGCGAAUCCAGCGGUUGGCUGAAAACACAGUAUAUUUCCGCAGGAGAAUGCUGGAGAUGGGAUUCAUUAUCUACGGCAACAAUGACUCACCUGUGGUACCCAUGAUGCUCUACAUGCCUGCCAAAAUCGGGGCGUUUGGUCGGGAGAUGUUGAAGAGAAACAUCGGGGUGGUGGUGGUGGGCUUCCCGGCCACGCCCAUCAUCGAGUCCAGAGCCCGCUUUUGCAUCUCUGCGGCCCACACCAAAGAAAUGCUGGACGGGGCGCUGCUUGUGAUCAGUGAAGUCGGCGACCUGCUGCAGCUGAAGUACUCGCGCCACAAAGUUCUUCCCUCCUUGGAUCGGCCCUUUGACGAGACCACAUACGAGGAGAACGAGGAAUGAUACGCUUCCUGUCUGAAGUUACCAAAUGUGCACGGCUCACCUUCUGUCCUCUGAAAGAAGGCAACGAACCACUUAAUAAAUACAACUUUUUUAAACCUA